ACAGGUAGUUUUGAGUUUUCUCGGGGAUCAGAUCAGACACUACCAGCAGAGAUAGGUUGCUCAUUAUUUUUCUGAUUUUCAUUGAGUAAAAUGGCAGCACGAAGAGCCAUUAAGACAAUCGAUUGGGCAGCAAUUGCUGCACGUAUCAAUGAAAAUGACAGAGCAAUUUACGCUGCUUUCAAGUCAAAGUCCGAUGGAUUUCUUCGUCGUAUGGAAGAAUUCCCUGAGAGUGUCCCAGCCAUCGAUUGGGCAUUCUACAAGAAGAACAUCAGCGGUUCCAUGGUAGACUCCUUCCAGAAGGAGUACGACAGCCUACAAGUGCCCUAUCCAGCUGACAAAUACACGGCAACUGUCGAACAACAGGCAGAAGCUGCUGACCAGAAAGUGAAAGCUUUCAUCGCAGAUUCCAACAAGCAAAUCGCCGACUGGCAGGGUGAGAUAACUCGUGUUCAGUCGCUUAUUCCAUUCGAGCAGAUGACAAUGGAGGACUUCGCUGAGGCUUACCCACAAGUUGCCUGGAACCCAGAUAAGCCAACACUCUGGCCACACAUCCCGGAGUACCAGCCUGGUGAUGAACCAGAGAAAAUCCCAGAGCCAGAACACUAAAUUAAAGCAGUACAUUGUAGUCAAUUCGAUUCCUCCCAAUAAUACUGUAUAAAAAUAUGCUACUCGAAACAAUGUAUCAUUUACACCAGUUUCAAACUGGAGAUAUUGAGAAUUCAUAUUGAAGAAGUAAAAAAAAAUAAUCUACGACCA